CUGGGCUUGGCCCUGGCCCUGGCUCUGGCUAGGCUAGGGAUGCAUAGACUGGAAGGACCUCCGGGGUUUGUGUCGUGACCGAGGGAUGGCGAAUGUGCGGGUGGCCGUGAGGGUCAGGCCCCUCAGCAAGCGGGAGACCAAAGAAGGGGGAAGAAUUAUUGUGGAAGUUAAUGACAAAGUGGCAAAGAUCAAGAAUUUAAAGGUGGAUGAUCGACCAGAUAGCUUUGGAGACUCCCGGGAGAAGGUUGUGGCAUUCAACUUUGAUUAUUGCUACUGGUCAGUCAACCCAGAAGACCCUCAGUAUGCAUCUCAAGAUGUGGUGUUUCAGGACUUGGGAACUGAAGUACUCUCUGGAGCUGCCAGAGGCUACAACAUAUGCCUUUUUGCCUAUGGGCAGACAGGCUCUGGGAAGACAUAUACCAUGCUGGGGACCCCAGCCUCUGUUGGGCUGACACCACGGAUAUGUGAGGGUCUCUUCACCAAGGAAGACUGUGCCUCAUUGCCUUCUUCCUGUAGGAUAAAAGUAAGAGUCACCAUAAGGAUGGAGCGAAGCCACAGAAGACCCAUCCUGUAGAAGGGAGAUGAGAAACAAUUAGGUUCUUAAGUUAUAGAAAACUUAAUUCCCUACCCUUGAACUUAAUAAGCAGGCAUCUCCUUCUGUGGCUUAGCUUACCCUGGCUAGCUAGUUCUAAGGUUUAAUA